AUGGACGAUGUGCGCAACGAUGAAGACCAUGACAUAAGGCAGAAACCAUCAACAGCAUCUCCUGCGGUAGCACCCACCACUGCGCGGUCUGUUUGGGGCAAAUCCGCCACCAGCCCAUGGCUCCCGCAAGGCAAUCCAGCCUCCACCUCUUCUUCCUCCUCCUCCUCAGCCUCGCCAUCUCCUUCCGCCUCCUCUUCCGCCUUCCCAGCACUCUCUGCGUCAUCAUCGUCUGCUGCGUCGAAGCGCUCACGCCAUUCACCAUGGCACAAUGCCCUCCGCGGUCCAGCCUGGAACCCCAAUCGCACUCGCCUGCAGGAGCUCGAGGAGCGCGUCCUCUCUCGCCAGCUGGAUCAGGGUAGCUCCCGCAAAAAGGGCACCUUUGGCAUGAAAGACCUGGAGCGUACUUCCGACGACUCUGACGUCGAGGUGGGUAACGAUAGUGGAGGGCAGACGCAGAUGUAUGGCCUCAGUAGAGUCAUUGUCAAGGAUCUUAGUCAGCCCGGGGCUACCUCAAAGGGCAAGAACAAGGCAAAAGGACAGGACUUCUCGGCUGGCGGUGGACCACAGAUCUAUGGCAGACACAACACGCCGUGGGUACAGAAGGGUAGAGCUCGUAGAGAGGGUCUCGCCGGCGACGAGGGAUUGGAGUCACCCAGCACUGGGCCCUCUUCAAGACCAUUGUCCCCUCCACCCUACGAGGACAGCGACGGAGGAGAGUCUCCCUAUGCCGCGUUCUAUCUGGAGGAGAGUCCCACUGGCACAAGAUCGAUCAGAGAUGUUAUCGCCGACUGCGACCGCAACAUGCGAGCCUACUACGCCAGCUUGAGGCAAAUCCAGACCAACUACCUCAGAGAUCCUAUUCCUCGGCCACUUCCGGAUGCCAUGUUCCCCCUCUACGAGAAGCUCUCCAGUGAUCUGCUAUCACCUGCCUCGGUACUCUCGGCGGAUUGGCUAGACCCCACAAUACCGUCGGAGCAGAGCAUCAAGGAGAGGUUGGCAGCUUUGGACUCGGUGCAGGAUGUGGAGGCGAGUCAGGUCAUUUCCCGGAAGAUUGUUCUCUUCUGCAGUCGGGGAGAACAAGCUGCGCGGACUGCCCGGUUCUGGCGUACGGAGCUGGUGGAAUCUCCUUGCAUUCGAGUGGCAGCGGCUUUGCUGAGACUCUUGCAUAUAUGUCUGGUACUGGGGGAGAACAGGGAUAGACAAGGUGCUUUUCUUAGAGUCUCUACGCUACUUGCCACCCUCUUCAAAGAAGCAGAUCGUCGUUAUGCCCUUGAGGCAGCGUUCAGAGCUUUCUGCGCCCAAGGCAGAGAAACAAUCCUCAUCAAAGCCAUUGCAAGACGUCUGAGCAGCUUCCUCGAGCAAUGUCGUUUGGCAUCGGGUGAUGAGGCCUUGCGCAACCGCAUAGACACCACCGCUGAGCUACUCAGACUCAUUCACGCUACUGCAGACGCAGUACAAAGACGAGAUCGCAAGCUGCGUGUCAGUCCAGCUGCGUACACCGUAAUCGGCAUAGCUGCACAUAGAGAUAUUUUGCUUGGCGAUGAGCACCUCUGCCAUAUCCUUCGACGGCCUGAGUACGCUCUCUUGCAUCCGAUAGGGCACAAGCUGCGACUCCUCCGGAGCCGCAUCGACGAGAGCAAGGAACGAGCUCGGAAAGAAGCUCUCUGGUCGUCCUUUUAUGCUCCAGAGAGACAGAAGAGAACUAAUCAGGAGCGUAGAAAGACGGCAUUCUCUCAGCCGGGACAAGAGGGCAACGUGUCAAACAGCAUGCUGCUUACGAUCAACAUUGGGCGGGAGAGUCUUCUCGCAGAUACUUUGGACGCAUUUGCUGAGCUUGACAGCCACGCGGAAUCUGCGUCUAGCCAUUCUCCUUCGCAUGCUCUGCAGCACGAGCUACGCAUCCAUUUCGAGGGUGAAGAAGGCGUCGACUCGCUCCUGGGUGGCCUGAGGAAAGAGUGGUUCCAAGAAGUCGUCACUGGUCUUCUGCGAUGCAAGACGAUCGUGCCUGCCGAGCUCGAGGAAGGGCAAGACGCCACAGAUGUAGAAGAGGUCGAUCGUGGGACACGCUUUGUGCUGAUCAGUCCCCGGGCCGACGAUGAGCAUGCUGAGGCGCUGGGAAUCAUGCUUGGGCUCAGCUUAUACCAUGGUGUCCCUCUCGGCAUCCGUUUGCCUGACUACGUCAUGAAUGUGAUGGCCACGACCAAUCAGUCGAAGCUCCCCGGCCUCAGCGGCACGUAUAAUGAAGAGGUUCCUGAGGACGAGACUCGACUACGAGAGAUCGUCGGCCAGAACCUGCUCCAUCUGGCUCAGUACAGGCCGGGACUUGUUCGAUCCCUCGACGAGCUGCUCGCAUGGGCCGCUCCAUUGUCCCAAGCAGACUCUCCCAUCGAUGACGAUACUGCCCGACGUUUGUUCGAGUCGACAUACUCUCUCAAUUGGACCGUCACAAUUCCCUCUACCGGCGACGAGCAGAUGGCGGAAACGCUCCCUCUUGUACGAGGUGGUCAGCAUCGUCCCGUUACUCCAGCCAACAGGAUCUCCUAUGUCCGCGCCCUCACCGACUUCCACCUCUACGGCGUCAUCCGCCCACAGCUCCUCGCUCUCCGUCGAGGCUUUGCCCGUAUCUGGCCAGCGACAGGGAGCGAGGACGAUGGACGAGCCUACCUCGCGCAGUGGCACCCAUCUGAGCUGGGCGAGGUCAUUCAGGGCGACGCGAGCCCGCUGCGUGUGGCCCAUCUCAGGAAGUAUGUCGAAGUCUCUGGGCGGAGGAGCAGCGAGUUGGGCCGAGCAGAGGACGACGAGAUGCUCCGCUGGUUCUGGGCGGCCGUGGCAGAGUUGGAGGAGCUCGAGGGGUACACAAGCGGUAGCGAGACUGCUAUCUCGGUCUCACGUCAGAAACUGGGAGUGGCGAGAAGUCUCCUCCGCUACGUCACCUCGUCGUCCACUCUGCCGCUGGCAGUGAUAGAAGAAUCUGCUCCAGCCACAAGUGCUCCAGGAGUGACCUAUCGGCACACCCCUCCUCCACCACCAGCCGCAAACCUUGCAAGACCCUUCCGUAUCUGUUUGCUAGACCCACCUCCUAGCCACGUGCAAGCAGGAGCAAGCAAGCACGACGGUGUGUCUCCUGCUGCUGCUGCCGCCAGUUGGCCACUGCCUUUUGCCUCUACAUGUACAGAGACUCUCUUCCUCCCGCGAUACCCCUCGGAGGAGAUUGCAAGGGAGAAGGUUGGCGUGCUCUUUGGUUGGCUGAUGCGGAGGGGCGAGGAUGCUGGAGGCGAGGCGAAUGGCGUUGGUGACUCGAGCGGAUUUGAUGUUGCUUUUGGGUUGCGGUAG